GGUAUAUUUAUUUUAGAAAUUAAGAUUUCUUAAUUAGGCUAAAUGAGUCCUAAAAAAAUAAUUUUAAAAAAUGGAGGAUCUAUAUUGGAAUUUAGUUUACCAAGCAAAAUGGUAUAAUUUAAUGACUCAUUUAAUUAUGUCCCAAUCAUUACUAAAUACUUAAACCACUAUGAUCUAACCUGCCAAACAGAACAGUAGAAUUGUUUGGCGAAGCUGGAGAAUUAUAGAGUAAGGGCGACGCUACGUACCUACGCAGUAACACAAUGAUAAGUCACCCGAGACGACUCAGUUGGGGCAAACAAUCAAACAUGUUGCAGACCAUUUCACCUCACCACAAGCCGCACGCGGCAACUGCGUGUCUCUAUCUGCACCACCGUUCAUCAUCGUCGUCGUCGUCACCAUUAGUAGCUUUCCCAGUUACUCGGAUCCUCCUGAUUCUGCACCAUUUCACAUCAGAGAUGACAAAGGAGAAAUUGAGUUUUUUUGAAGUUGAACUCAAAGUUCGUGAUUAUGAGGUCGAUAAGUUUGGUCUCGUAAAUAAUGCUGUUGUUGGGCCUACAAUAUUCGGCUCAAAGUUCUUUCCUCAUUUGCAGUAUAUUCAAAACGGAUCGUUUUGAUAUCCAGAAACUUCGAAGGCAGAAGCUACGGGUCAGAAGUGGGCGGUCUACGUCUCUGACCUCCGAAUGUAUAAUUUGAAAUCAACUUAUUUUUAAGGGAAAUUCGGUUAUUUUUCCUCCACGAGUGAAGAGUUCGGUUGAACUAACUAACGACUUUAUAUUUUUGUUCUAUAAAUAUGAGAUUCUUAUUCUAACAAAGGAAUCAAAUUUUUUUCUGAUUUAGGCAUCGGAGUAUCUUUCUUACAUGUAUCCCGACGAAUUAAAAAUGAUCUCCACUACCAGAGCAAGAUCGGAGCAUCAUCUAUUAUUGGCUCGAACCUCCAAUUAUAGAAAUGCUUACUUGUUGCAUCAACAGUUGUUUACGCAAGUUAUUGCCAUUACGUAUGACCUUUUACCAUUUGUUCAUUAGUGUGUUGUUGAAUUUUAUUAGUGCUUGUUUUACUCGAGUAUUUCUUUUUUUAAAUAGUCAUAUUAUCAUGUUCGGUACUCUU